CCCAACGAGUUCCAGUUCGUCAGCGGCCGCGAGACGGCCAAGGACUGGAAGCGCAGCAUUCGCCACAAAGGGAAAAGUCUGAAGACGCUUAUGUCCAAGGGGAUUCUGCAGGUGCACCCGCCGAUCUGCGACUGUCCGGGCUGUCGAAUAUCCUCCCCCGUGAACCGGGGCCGGCUGGCAGACAAGAGGACAGUAGCUCUGCCCCCAGCACGGCUCCUGAAGAAAGAGCGGACUGCUGGCUUCUCUGCCAGUGAUGGUGACAGUGAUGGCAGUGGCCUGGCCUGUGUGCGGCAGCUGGGCUUAAAGCAGGACGACCCCCACGUCCAUGUCAUGAGGAGAAGAGUCCACACCCACUGGGACGUGAACAUCUCCUUCCGAGAGACAUCCUGCAGCCAGGACAGCAACCUUCCCACCCUCAUAUCCAGCGUCCACCGCAGUCGCCACCUCGUUAUGCCCGAGCUGCAAAGCCGCUGUGAAUUCCAGAGAGGCAGCGUGGAAAUCGGCCUGGGCCCGGCAGGUGACCUAUUGGGCAAGAGGCUGGGCUGCUCCGCCAUCAGCAGUGACUGUUCUUCUGAAAAGAAGACCCGAAGCGAGUCCCCCCAAGAGACUCUGUUGCUGCCAGAACUGGGGCCCAGCAUGGCCCCCGAGGACCACUACCGCCGGCUCGUAUCAGUCCUGAGUGAGGCCGGCACCUUUGAAGACCCUCAGCGUCUCUACCACCUGGGCCUCCCCAGCCACGAGCUCCUGAGGGUCCGGCAGGAGGCGGCAGCUGCAGCUUUGAGGAGCCCCGGUGGCCUGGAGGUCCACCUGCCCUCGUCCGCAGCGGGUCAGCGUCGGAAGCAGGGCCUGGCUCAGCACCGGGAGGGCCCCGCUCCGGCUGCCGCCGCGUCCUUCUCGGAGAGGGAGCUGUCGCAGCCGCCCCCCUUGCUGUCGCCCCAGAAUGCCCCUCACAUCGCCCUGGGCCCUCACAUCAGGCCCCCCUUUUUGGGGGUGCCUUCGGCUCUGUGCCAGACCCCAGGCUACGGCUUCCUGCCCCCGGCCCAGGCGGAGAUGUUCGCCCGGCAGCAGGAGCUCCUGCGGAAGCAGAACCUGGCCCGGCUGGAGAUGUCGGCGGAGCUGCUGCGGCAGAAAGACCUGGAGAGCGCGCGACCGCAGCUGCUGGCGCCCGAGGCCGCCCUGCGACACCCCGACGGCGCCGAGGAGCUGCAGCGGCGGGGGGCCAUGCUGGUGCUGAAACACAGCUCGGCGCCGCUGCUGGCCCUGCCCCCACAGGGGCCCCCAGGCCCCGGACCCCCAACCCCGCCCCGGGAGCCUGCCCGCCAAGCCCCUCGUAAGGGGUGCCCCGGCUCUGCCUCAGCCCGGCCCAGUGAGUCCAAGGAAAUGACAGGGGCUGGGCUCUGGGCACAAGACGGCUCCGAGGACGAGCCCCCCAAAGACUCCGAUGGAGAGGACCCCGAGAUGGCAGCUGCUGGGGGCCGAGACCCCAUCCCGGGCCAACCCUCAGCUGGAGGGGCCAGUGUCGAGGGGAAGGGGCUUCUCCCAGGGUCUGUGCUGCCCCCGUCACUGCCCCUGGGCUUCCCCUACGCCGUCAGCCCCUACUUACAUACAGGCCCUCUGGGGGGGCUCUUCAUGGAUGGGGAGGAGGCCACAGCCCCCGAGGACGUCAGCAAGUGGACAGUGGAGGAUGUCUGCAGCUUCGUGGGGGGCCUGUCUGGCUGUGGAGAGUAUGCAAGGGUCUUCAGGGAACAGGGAAUAGAUGGGGAGACCCUGCCACUGCUGACGGAGGAGCACCUGCUGACCACCAUGGGGCUUAAGCUGGGGCCUGCCCUCAAGAUCCGGGCCCAGGUGGCCAGGCGCCUUGGCCGCGUCUUCUACAUGGCCAGUUUCCCUGUGGCUCUGCCGCUGCAGCCGCCAACCCUGAGGGUCCCCGAGCGGGAGCUUGCCAGUGGAGACCAGCCCCUGUCCCCAGGAAUAGCCACCUCCCCCUAUGGGGGAGGACAUCCCCCUGUCAGCAGAGCCUCACCCAAGCAGGAGAAUGGGACCGUGGCUCUGCUCCCAGGGGCCCCAGACCCUUCGCAGCCUCUGUGCUGAGCUGGCAGCAGCCACUCAAAGCCCCAGACCAACUGCCCUGAUGCAG